AUGGCAGAGGAACGGGGAGUUGACAUCCCCGUUAACUCUGAAGCGAACCUGCAGACAGACACUGACAUGUGUGCCGCCAGGCUAGGGGGGCAGCCCUCUACAGAGGUGCGAGAGCCUGCGUGGCCAGUUGAGCCUCUUCCAUACGUCUGCAUGCUCUCCGGUGAUGGCAUGGAGUUUAUUAUUCCUGAGGCUGCUGCGCGACAAAGCAAAAUGAUUUCUUCUUUGCUUGACGCUAUCUAUUCCCUUCCAAAUCGUGGAGGAUUUGGUGAGUCGCUGCAGAAGAAAUCGACUCCCGGGGUUCUUGCCGUUAAUAACGUCAACAUGAUGCCGAUGAUUCCACUCGAGCCUUUGUCCAGCCGCACCCUUGAACUUGUCUGUCGAUACUUGCUGCAGCGCAGCACGGGGGAUCCCAACUCCACAGAAGAGUUCUCCCUCCUUGGGGAGCUUGACCCAAUGUCGGAUGAGGACCAGGAUAUUGUCUCAGAGUUACUGCUUGCAGCCGACUUUAUUGACUGCUAG